AGAAUGCGAGUGGAUCCAAACAGCGUUAUAAUCGUAAAAGAGAAACUUCAUAUUCAAAAAAUGAGAACUUUUCCAGUCAGUCCCGUCGCUCCAAUUCACAGAAAAGCAAAGCUUUUAACAAGAUGCCCCCUCAAAGGGGCAGUAGCGGCGGAAGUGGCAAACUUUUUAGCUCUUGUAAUGGUGGAAGACGAGAUGAGGUAGCAGAGGCUCGGCGGGCAGAGUUCAGCCCUGCCCAGUUCUCUGGUCCCAAGAAGAUUAAUCUGAACCACUUACUGAACUUCACUUUUGAACCCCGUGGCCAAGCAGGCCAUUUUGAUGGGAAUGGACAUGGCAACUGGGGGAAAAGGAACAAGUGGGGACAUAAGCCUUUCAACAAGGAGCUCUUCCUACAGGCCAACUGCCAGUUUGUUGUCUCUGAAGAACAGGACUACACAGUCCACUUUGCUGAUCCAGAUACCUUGGUCAACUGGGACUUUGUGGAGCAAGUGCGAAUUUGUAGCCAUGAAGUGCCCUCUUGCCCAAUAUGUCUGUACCCACCAACCGCAGCAAAGAUCACCCGCUGUGGACAUAUCUUUUGUUGGGCAUGUAUCCUUCACUAUCUCUCCUUGAGUGAAAAGACCUGGAGUAAAUGUCCUAUUUGUUAUGGCUCUGUUCACAAGAAGGAUCUCAAGAGUGUUGUUGCUAUGGAAACACGUCAAUAUGCAAUUGGUGAUAUCAUUACGAUGCAACUUAUGAGAAGAGAGAAAGGUGUUCUGAUAGCACUGCCCAAAUCUCAGUGGAUGAAUAUGGUGCAGCCUGUUUACGUUGGAGAUGACCAGCACAGUCAGUAUUCAAAGCUGCUUCUGGCAUCCAGGGAGCAGGUCUUGCAGCUGGUGAUUCUGGAGGAGAAAGCGGCAUUACUAAAACAGUAUGAGGAAGAAAAACACACCUCAGAGGCUUGCUUUAUUGAGGCAGCUAUCCAGGAACUGAAGGAGCGAGAAACAGCACUUUCUGCUGACCAGGAUAAAAACAAUGACAUUACUGGAAUCAAUGCAGCUGUGGAAGAAUUGGUCCUAGAAAGCUCCAAGGCUGUGGAGCCUGCAGUUUCCCAAGAGAAAAAGUGUGGUGUGGAAUAUCUCUCUGCAUUUGAUGAGGAGCUUCUGGAGCCUUGCUCUGAUCUGGCAAGUUCCUUUUCACCUCCUGUGGAAGCAGAAGAGGCAGAGCUGGAUGAAGAGGAAGUACCUGAGGUGGACACUGUAGGGGAACUUGAUAUGAACACUACAGAAGAACCAAAUCCAGCUGAAACAAGCUACCAAGAAUCUAAAGAUAAAAUUAGCAGUGGACAUCUUAGCAACUCUCCUUUUUACUAUUUCUAUCAAGCGGAGGAUGGACAGUGUAUGUAUCUUCACCCUGUGAAUGUUCGAUGUCUUGUUCGUGAAUAUGGCAGCUUGGAGAAGAGUCCAGAGAAGAUAACUGCAACUGUAGUGGAGAUAACUGGCUACUCAAUGACAGAGGAUAUAAGACAGCGUCAUCGCUACCUCUGUCACUUGCCCCUCACCUGUGAGUUCAGCAUUUGUGAACUGGCUCUGAAGCCACCCGUCAUCUCUAAGGAGACUUUAGAGUUGUUUUCAGAUGACCUUGAAAAGAGGAAACGUCUACGGCAGAAAAAAGCUCGUGAUGAACGACGACGUGAACGCAGAAUUGAGAUGGAAGAAAACAAGAAACAGGGCAAAUAUCCAGAGGUCCAUAUUGCUUUAGAGAAUCUGCAGCAGUUCCCUGCUUUUACCUCUUGCCCUGGAGAAACUACCAGCAUUGAUCAUCAGAGCUUCUGUCUGUCUCCUCUUGGCAGAAGCCCUGUGUUUCAGACAGAGUCUAUUCCAACCCCACUGUCGCCUGCUGCCAGCCAGGUCAGCCCGUUGCUCUGUGGGAGUUUGGAAGAGGAGUCUCCCUUCCCUUCCUUUGCCCAGAUGUUGAGAGUUGGAAAGGCAAAACCAGAAACAUGGCCCAAACCUGCUCCAAAGGCAAGAGAUGAGAACACUCUGGCACUCCCUGUGCCAGUGGAUAGUGAUGGAGAAAGUGACAGCUCCGACCGCAUACCUGUGCCCAGCUUCCAGAAUUCCUUCAGCCAAGCUAUUGAGGCAGCCCUCCUGAAACUGGACAAACCGUCCACAGCUGAUCAUUUAUCAGAGGAAAAGGGAGGCAAGAAAAGAAAGAAACAGAAGCAGAAGCUAUUGUUCAGCACCUCUGUUGUUCACACAAAGUGAUUCUGCUAUUCAAGAGAAGUUUCCUCUCCUGGUUUUCUUUUAAUUUUGCUUUGUUUUGCUGCUAUAGUUUAAGUAUUUAAAUUUGAACAGACUAAACUUGUAUUUCCGGGGCUUCUAGGGUGUUCAGGAGGAAGCCAUGGCAGUAUAUGUUGAAGUAAGAUCUUUUGAUUCCAACUGCUUAAUCAGUUUAUACUGAAACAAAGUUUUGAAAGAAACAACCCAGAGGCAAAUCAGCCAAGGCAUCUAGUCUGUGCCAAGGCGGUUCUUUUGGCCUAAUAAGCAGUAUGAAAGUCUUUACAGCUGCGUGGCACUGCCAGAAUACUGCAAUAUUACCUAAGUGAAGAGGCAGAGAGCCUUCAUUUCCCUAGAAGUAUUCAUGGGCAGAAGUCCACCUGACUGUGACAGUAGUGCUGUUUCAGUCAAGCUGUCAAACUGCUCUCUUGAGAAACUGGUUUUCGCUGCACUGGAAAUGGGCAAAAGAGCUUCCUGGCUUUAGAGUGUUAGCUGCUAUAUCUGUUCUUUUUCUAAAGAGCAAGAAUUCCUCCUGUUCUCCUGGCUUGGAAAGAUUUAAAGCUGAGGUGAGUGUAAAGCAGAACUUGGCUACUUGGUUUUGAAGUGACUCAAUGAAUUUGUGUAUUUCAAAAUGCGUACUGGCACUAGUGGUAGAAGGAAUCUCCGGGCUUCUCUCAGUUGUUC